AGCGCAACAAACAUGGCGACAGAGCGGAGCGGGCAGGGGUGUCUUCUAACUUUCAUCGUGUUCCUCUGGAGCUCUGUCGGCGGGCGAACGGAGACCUCGAGCCAGAGUUCCCGGAGUCAGAUCCUCGGCAUGCGGCUGGAGAGGAGCGAUAAAGCGGCCAGCACUACGGAGGACGGGUUCAUCCAGGUAACGGAGGAGAGCAGCGUCGUGCUCCGGUUUUAUGGUGUCCACCUGAGCCCGGGCGCAGCAUCCAACAUCAGGUUUACGGAGUAUGUGGAUACAGGGGGUAGUGACGCGUUGAACAGGACUUGUGAGGAUUUCACCAAAGACAUGAGCAUCGGCAACUACAUGAACGUGAGCAGCAGGGGUACAUCAGGUCUGGUGAGUGUGUAUGUGAAGCCAAUGCGUAAAAGUGAACGAGAGAAGACCUACAGCCUAUGUGUCAGACAGGACUUGGGAGAUAAAUGGGUCCAUUUGCCCGAUAAUGAUGGUAAAUUGGUAGUCAUAGAGGAGAAAGGAUCUCUUCUACCGCUUUGGUUCCAAGUCAUCCUGGUGUCAAGCUUGCUUGCGUUGUCCGGCAUGUUCAGUGGACUCAACCUGGGGCUCAUGGCGUUGGAUCCAAUGGAGCUUCGCAUUGUGCAAAGUUGCGGCACCAACAAGGAGAAGAAGUAUGCGCGCAAAAUCGAACCCAUUCGAAGCAAGGGCAACUAUCUGCUUUGCUCUUUAUUGUUGGGUAAUGUGCUGGUCAACACAACUUUGACCAUCCUACUGGACGAUUUGAUCGGGUCAGGGUUGGGAGCCGUGGCGGCAUCCACAGUUGGCAUUGUCAUAUUUGGUGAAAUCGUGCCACAAGCGCUCUGCUCGCGCCACGGUUUGGCCGUAGGCGCCAACACCAUCGUGCUGACCAAAUUCUUCAUGAUACUGACCUUCCCGUUGUCAUUUCCCAUCAGCAAGCUUUUGGAUGUCAUCCUCGGGCAGGAAAUCGGCACCGUCUACAACCGAGAGAAGUUGGUGGGGAUGCUGAAGGUCACGGAGCCCUACAACGACCUGGUCAAAGAAGAGCUGAACAUCAUACAAGGUGCUCUGGAACUCAGAACCAAGACGGUGGAGGAUGUGAUGACGCCGCUGGGCAACUGCUUCAUGAUUCACAUCGACGCCGUGCUCGACUUCAGCACCAUGUCUGAAAUCAUGGAAAGCGGCUACACGCGGAUACCCGUGUUCGACAGUGAGCGCUCCAACAUCGUGGACAUCCUCUACGUCAAGGACCUGGCCUUUGUUGACCCGGAUGAUUGCACAACGCUUAAAACGGUCACCAAGUUCUACAACCGCCCGGUGCAUUUCGUCUUCCACGACACUAAGUUGGAUGCCAUGUUGGAGGAGUUUAAAAAAGGUAAAUCCCACCUGGCCAUCGUUCAGAAGGUGAAUAGUGAGGGCGAAGGAGAUCCGUUCUACGAGGUUCUGGGGCUGGUCACGCUGGAGGACGUUAUUGAGGAGAUCAUCAAAUCUGAGAUCCUGGACGAGUCUGAUCUCUACACUGACAAUCGUAACAAAAAGAAAGUGGAUCCCAACAAGAACAAGAGGGACUUUUCCGCUUUCAAACAUGAGAGCGAAUCUAAAGUCAAGAUAUCCCCGCAACUAAUGCUAGCAGCGCAUCGUUUCCUCGCUACUGAGGUGAGCAUUUUCAGUCCACUCCAGAUCAAAGACAAGGUCUUACUGCGAAUCCUCAGGCAUCCGGAUGUCAUUCAGGAGAUCAAGUUCAACGAGAGCGACAAGCACUCGCCUCUGCACCAUUUAUAUCAACGUGGAAAACCUGUCGACUACUUCAUCCUCAUCCUUCAGGGUCGAGUGGAAGUAGAGGCUGGAAACGAGAAUAUGAAGUUUGAGGCCGGUCCUUUCUCUUAUUAUGGAGUCAUGGCACUGAAUACACCAUGCCUGGCUGUCACCCCCCCUCUCUCUCCUGCCGUGGUGUCGCCUCGUCCGCGCCGCCUUUCACUUAAGAGGUUUUCUCUGUUCUCGCGUUUCCCAGACGUGCCACAACAUGAACUGAUGGGUUUCAUGUGCAUUCCAGAGUUUCGCUCGCCGUCUCACAUGAGCGGUUUGAACCGCUCUGCGUCUCUGAGCUGCACGGAGAGAGUGGAUUGUGUGUCCAUCGGUGGCAGUAACAGUCAGCUCAAUAACAGCCCCGUGCAACAGUACGUCCCUGAUUUUAAUGUGCGGGCCAUCACUGACGUACAGUUUGUGAAGGUCACUCGUUCUCAGUACCAAAACGGCUUCCUGGCUUCAAAGCUGGACAGCACUCCUCAGUCCCCUGAAAGCAGCCAUACGCGUCUGGAUACCGGCCCUCUCCCGCCCCCUACCUUUACCGCCAGCGUGAACCACGCCACAGCGCUGGCGGCUCCCAGAGAGAACGGACCGGAUGAGACCACCUCGCUGCUCAACGACAAGAACAGCCUGUCCAAACGCCAGCCGAGCCACGCCCACCCUCAAAACCAGUCGCACCUGAACACCAACGUCAACUCCAACUCCAGCCCCGCCCCUCAUCCCCACGGCAACAGCAGCCCCGCCCCUCAUCCCCACGGCAACAGCAGCCCGACGCCUUUCCCCAACCCUCACGCGCAUCACGUGCACAUGUUCACGCACGCCCACACCGAAAGCACCAUUUGACGACGCUAAUCUGGGGCCCUAGCGGAGCUCCAGAGUCGAACGAAAGCACAUUUACACCUGCUACAAAAUACACUACAUCUAGGGCCUGAUCUCUCAUUUCGAGAGGCCAAAGGUGUGUUAUAGAACUCCAAAAAAAAUAGUGCGUCGUCUUCAAUGGUUGGACGUGAUCUCACUGUGAUUUUAGGGGCUGCGGGUUCAGUCCGACGUUGAAGUCUUUAUGACAAGUGACUUAUGACCUGUGUUGCAUGCUAAUCACGUAGACAUGUAAUCACGUAGACACUAUGUUAUUGCUACAAAUAUGCCCGUUUAUAGGCAUUAUACAAUAUUUCGUCAGUAUAUAACGAAGUUAUCGUACGAUAUGCACUUCUUAUGACGUCUCUGACCCAGCAGCAUACAUUUGUGUGCUGUAGUUUUCUGAGAUUAUGAGCAUAAGAGCACUUUGAGUCUCAUAAGCUAUUAUUGGACUGUUUGUGUACAACUAGGCUAACCUUUCAGAGAGACCGGUCUAGUUUAUUCGGUUAUUUGCCAGGGUUAAGAGUGGCUACGUGAUGUAGCCGUAAUGAAAUUGUAGCAGUACGUGACAAACGUUAAGGAAGACUUUGUAAAUAUAGUUUGAAGAUGUGAAAUUUGCUGACACAGAUGUGGUUCAGAGAACCCCACAUGGUGACAUUUAUAGCAAAAAAAACAUUGAACUUUUACCACUGCAAAACCUAGACCUGUGAUUAUGAAAUUCAAAUUAUGAUGCAUUAUAUAUAUUUAAAGAUUAAUGUAUUUUUUUUUCUAAAUUAUGUAUAUUUCAUCAAUAUUUUGUAAUCUUUAACCCCUGAGUUAUAUUUCACAACAACCACAUUUAUUCGACUAAAUAAAGCCUAUAUAUACCAUUAAGAUUUUUUGCAUGAUGUUAUGCGUUAUUUUAACGACAGUUACGCAAAUUUUAUUAACAAAUUAAUGUACUUUUUCCAUAAGGUUUUGUAAUUCUCCCUCUCAAUGAUUCUCGUUAGAGUCGUAUUUCUGUACUACAAAUGUAAGUCAGUACAGUUAAUGCAAUUUCAUUUUUUUCACUUCACAGUAAUGAAAACACUAAGAAAUAUCAGAAUGCAAAAAAUCUUCAUGGUCUUUUUUCAUUUUCAUUUUGGGGUGAAAUAUGAUCUGAAAUUUUGUGAGAUUUAUAACAAUAACUAUAACGAUAACGAUAAUGUGUAACGAUAACGAUGGUUCUAAAAAGUCCACACCACAACAAUAACGGCACAGAAAAACAAUAUUUUCU